ACAUAGAGAGAGAGAAAGAGAAGCACGUGUACACAAUGAUUGUAAUUCAUCAAUAACACAGUUUAAUAGUACUACUACUACUCUACUAAGAAUCAACGGUCGACUGUUUACAGUUAACUAAAACAACAAAUGACCAAUCUACACAUACACACACACAUACAUAUAUACACCCAAUUGAUAUUUUUAUGUAUAAAUAAAAAUGUAUAUAAAUACUGUAUCUCAAGUAGAACUACUUUCGUUGAACUCAUUCACAGUAAACAAUAAUUGAUCUUUGAAAAGCAAACAUGGCGAGUACAAUGGAACAAUUCAUUACAGCCUACUUGACAAUUUGUCGUGAAGGUGAUGAUGUUGCUGAUAAGAAAGAAUUACUUGAUUAUUGUAGAAGAGAAAGAAUUGAUCCAAGAAUGGUUGAUACCUGGAUUUCUCAUUUCGAUGUUGACAAGAAUAAUAAAAUCACUCUGGAAGAAUUCUGUCGUGGUUUAGGCUUGAAACCAGCUGAAAUGCGAGCUGAAAGAACUCAUCUGAAAACUGUUCAAUCCGGUAGAGCACCUAAAAUACCGGAUGGAAUUGAAGUUAUUGCUUCAACAAUGCCAAUACCAAAACAAGUUGAAAUCACUCAGUUGUUUAAAGAAAUUGCUUCUAAAGUUAGCGGAAAUGAUCCAGAUAUGCGUAAAGUUGCUAAUGACUUUAAAGCAAAAUUAGAAGAACGCUAUGAACGUGUAUGGCAAGUAGUUAUAUUAACUGGUUCUUAUUGGAUGAAUUUUUCACAUGAACCAUUCCAGUCAUUACAAUUUAAACUUGACAAACAUGUUGUACUUAUCUGGCGUACACCAAACAAUUAAGUGAAUUUAUGAUUAUAUUACUAUGUCAAAAAAAAUAAUAAUAAUCAAUAGAAAGUGAAAAAAAUAUGACAUCUCAGUUAAAAAUAUCAAUAUCAUCAAUAAUAGCAGUAAUAACUACAAGUUCAGAGGUUAUUCAAAAUUAAAAAAAACUUCUUUAUCCCAAAACAAAAACAGCUAGCAAAAUAACAAUCAUUUUUAACAAAAACAAAAAUAUUCCCCUUUUCAAUUAUGCAAACAAGUUUUAUCGUAUUCAUAACAAGUUCUUUUUUUCGCUAUCCAAAUGUUAUUAAAUUAGUAAAUAAAUAAAUAAAUAUAUAUAUUUGUAUUGUGUAUAUUCA